GGGUGUCCGGGUCCUCAGAGUCCGAGGUCGCCUCUUGCCAGGUGGCCCUGCCGCUCCUGCCCCUCCCAUGGGGUAGGGUUUGGCCGCGGGGGCCGCACCUGGGCGCGCGGUUUCGGUCUGACCGGACUCGGAGCCAGUUUCGAUUAGGGACAGCGGCUGGGCGAGAGGGCGGAGCGGUGGGGACGCCGGAGAGGAGGGGACUCAGUGCGAGAGGCUCAGUGGGGACAGUCCCGCGCGCGGGGGACAAAGAGUGUCCAGAGAGCGCAGUGAGCAUCACUGCUACCCCAGCUCGGCAGCCUCGCAGACUUGGGGACCCUGGGUCCGGGGUGCGCUGCUGAGCAGGCCCGGGUGCUGGGGACCCGCGAAGCUACGAAAGGAUGCGGACGCCGGUGGUGAUGACUCUGGGCAUGGUGUUCACGCCCUGCGGGCUGCUGCUCAAUCUCAUCAGUACGCUGACCCCGGGCUGGCGGCAGCUGAAGGGCUUUCUGGACCAGCCAGUGGACAUGGUGCUGUACCAGGGUCUGUGGGACAUAUGUCGGGAACAGAGCAGCCGCGAGCGCCAGUGCGGCCAGCCCGACCCCUGGAACUACUUCCAAACCCAGCCUGUGCAGGCGGCCCGGGGACUCAUGAUCACGUCACUGGCCAUCACCGCCCUGGGGCUGCUGCUGGCGUCGCUCGGCGUGCGCUGCUGGCAAGAUGAACCCCACUUCGGGCUAGCGGGCCUCUCGGGCAUCGUGCUUUUCGUCGCCGGCCUCUUCAGCCUCGUCCCGGUCUCCUGGUACAACCACUUCUUGGGGGACCGCAACGUCCUGCCCGCCCCGGACAGCCCGGUCACCCUGCAAGUCAGCUAUAGCCUGGUGCUGGGCUACCUCGGUAGUUGCUUGCUGCUGCUGGGCGGCUUUUCGCUGGCGCUCAGCUUUGCGCCCUGGUGCGAAGAGCGCUGUCGCCGCUGUCGCAAGGCGCCCCCCGCAGGCCCGCGCCGCAGCAGCAUCAGCACCGUCUAUGUGGACUGGCCGGAGCCCGCCCUCACACCGGCCAUCAAGUACUACAGCGGGGGCCAGCAUCGGCCUCCUCCCGCCGCCGAGGAGCACCGGGCCACCAGCAAGCUCAAGGUCGGGUUCCCGAUGCCACGGCCGCCGCCCAAGGCCUACACCAACCCAGUGGAUGUGCUUGAAGGAGAAGAGAAGACCGCCUCCUCCCAAGGCGGUUCCUCCUCUCGCAGCACUCGGCCCUGCCACAAUUCGCUGCCCUGUGACUCCGACCUGUAGACACAGCUCACCCACCGUCUACCUGAGCUGCGCCUGGGGUCUGGAGGUGAUUUGAGUUUGUGCGUUGCCAUGAUGUCUGCAACCAGAACCCUGAACACCUUACUGUUUGGAGGGCAACACUUCCUUUCCGGGGGUCAAACUCCUCCCCAGAUACUAGGCUGGGUUCGUUUACUCUGAAGGAGUUUCACUUUUCUCCUGAGGGAUCAGGUCUUCUUAUGCAGGGACAAGAAUGGGUGGCAUUUUGCAUACUGUUAAUCGCAGUAGCAACCACAACAAAAUCGCAACCAGCCAACAGGCUUUAAGACGGUAUAACACCUUGAAAGUACAGUAUUCUAAGUUACCUGUGCGUCUUCAUAAACGUCACUGUUGAGGUGAUUUGGCUUUUUUUGUUUGUUUUUUUUUCUUCUCCGUCCCUGCUUCAGUUUCCAGAGAACUCAAAGGGUCAAAACUAUGUCUGUCUGACUGUGUUUGAAGGAUGUUCUAUGAAGCCAACGGUUUUAAUGGCUUUGUGAAGUGAAGUAACUUGUUCAACUCGUAUUUAUAUUUCUUCGUGCCUACGUAGUAUUUUUCUUCUCUAGUCGCUUAUUUCUGUGUGGGAGGUUGAGCUUAUUCAAAAGAUUGUCUUCCAGAAGCCAGAAGGAUGAAGAAGUUGACACUACACUAUUCUGUUUGUUCCUGGAUACCUCACCCCGGACAGGGAUAUAUUUUAUACAAAAAAAAAAAAAAAAAAAACCAACUGUUG